CAGCUACAGUAUGCAGGCAAUAAUAAAGGAGUACAGAAGGGGAUAUAUUGAAACAAAAAGAAAGAUGAUUUUACAGCAUUAGUUUGCUGUGAAGGAGAGAGGAAAUAAGAGUUGAAAAGGUUGAGCGAUCGAUGGAAUGAAAUGAAAGAAAGACAAUGUAGAUGCAGAAAGGUACAGAAAGAAUAGAUCUAGUUUUGAAUGGAGGUUUGCUUGGUAUAGAACAGGCCUGGUCAAAGGUCGGCCCGGGGGCUGUAUGCGACCCACGACCUUAUUCAAUACGGCCCGCGGAAUCAUACUCUUGACAGUCUGGCAUCCACGUCACCGUUACAAAUUGUAGCUAGUUAGAAAUUGUGCAAAAUGAGUUUUUCAAAGAAAAGGAAAGUAGACAAGUAGGGUGUUCCAGCAAGAGUGGACAUCGAAAUAUUUCUUUAUUGAGGUAUCAGGGAAGGCUAUGUGCUUAGUGUGCAAAGAGAGCAUCGCUGUCUUGAAAGACUACAACUUGUUCCGACACUUCCAGACGAAGCAUGCAGAGAAAGAUAGGAAUAUGUCUUCUGAGCAGAGGGCAAGUGCAUCGAAAGAGUUGCUGUCUCAGUUGCAAAAGCAGCAAGGACUUUUUACAAAACGGCAUUCGGCAAAUUACGGAAUUGCGAGAGCUAUCUAUGUAUUGUCCCACACAAUUGCUAAACAUAGCAAGCCAUUCGCUGAGGGCGGAUUCAUUAAAGAAUGUUUAAUUGACUCUGCAGCAAUACUUUGCCCCGACAAGAAAGAGCUGUUUGAAAAUGUUUCCCUGUCAAGACGGAUCAGUAACACGGCAUGUUGAGGACAUCGCAGAGAAUAUGGAACAACAGUUGGAAGACAAGAUGCAGUGUCCCUCCACCUCCCCAGACGCCAUUAGCAUGGAGAAGAGCCACAGGGAAUAAGAGCCUCCAGGAGACCGCAGGUCCUUAUGGUUGAGCUGGGUGUUGGUCCCUGCGAUGCCUCCCGCCAUGACAGACGACCUGGACUUGUGGGCGGCCCACUCCCAGCUGUGUGGAGAGGACCUGGUCACUGUGGACUUCCUGUUACCCACCGGCAUCUACAUCCAGAUGGACGUGCCCAGAGAGGCCACCAUACAACACAUCAAACUGCUCCUAUGGAAGCAGGCCCAGUCAUACCCCCUGUUUCCGUCUCUGGGGGAGAUGGAGGGCCACAUGUUUGAGUGUGUGAACCAGGCAGCUGUGCACGAGGAGCUGGAGGAUGAGACCAGGCGCCUCUGUGAUGUUAGGCCCUUCUGUCCCAUGCUCAAACUGGUCACACGCAACUGUGGCCGCGCGGAACGCUUGCUCGACUCCAAGAUCGGUGUGCUCAUCGGAAAAGGUCUCCACGAGCUGGACGCUCUGCAGGACCAGGAGGUGAAGGACUUCCGCAGUAAGAUGUUCCGUAUCAGCGAGGAGAAGAUGCAGCGGGUACAGCUGAUGACCUGGAGCGAGUGGCUGCAGGCCUGCUUCUCUCCGCAGCUGGAGCCAGGGGGAGGAGCCACACCCGUCACAGACGGUGUCAACGACAAACAGGCCGAGGCCAGCCUCAAAGUCACCAUGCACUUCGACCAGUCCCAGGACACAGCUAGUCUGAAGGUGUGGCCCAGCACCAGUCCCAGUGAGCUGAUGGAACAGGCGUUGAGGAAAUGGCUAACGACCCACGGCCCCGAGGAGGAGGGACGCCAGGCCGAGCAGUAUGUUCUGAGGGUCAGCGAUAAGCUGGAGUUCCUCUGUGGAGACCACCCCCUCAUACAGUACAAGUACAUCAAAGCUUGUCUCCAGGCUAAGGAGUGUCCCCACCUGACCCUGGUCCAGGUCAGCACUGUCCAGGCCAUGUUCGAGAAGGAGAUCUCGGCCAUCGGAGCUGUUGUCAACCGAAAGAGCUCCAACCCCCCCUUACCCCUGCCCCCUAAGAGGAGGGGACCCUCGCAAGUGAAUACGUGUGUAUGGGAGGUGUCCACCCCGUUUAAGAUUGUCCUAAUCAAAGGCAGCAAGGUGAACGCUGAGGAGACCGCCAAGGUCCAGGUGCGUGCAGGCUUGUUCCACGGCACAGAGUUGUUAUGCAAGCCGGCGGUGAGCAGCGAGAGCAGUGGACGCUCGGAACACGUGUGGAACCUCACGCUAGAGUUCGACAUCACUGUGAGCGACCUGCCGCGCAUGGCCCGCCUCUGCUUCGCCGUCUACGCCGUCAUGGACAAGGUCAAGAAGCAGAAGUCCACCAAGAACGCCCACAUCAACAAGUACCAGACCAUCCGCAAAGCUGGCAAAGUGCACUACCCUGUAGCCUGGGUGAACACCAUGGUGUUUGACUAUAAAGGACAGCUGAAGACUGGAGAUAUCAUCCUUCACAGCUGGUCUUCCUUUCCUGAUGAACUUGAAGAGAUGCUGAACCCCAUAGGAACCAUCCAGACCAACCCGUACACUGAGAAUUGUACAGCACUCCACAUCCACCUCCCUGACUACAACCCUCACCCCAUCCUAUUCCCCCCCUUCGACAAGAUUCUGGAGAAAGCUGCAGAAAUCGCUGGGUCAAGCGAUUGCUCGACCAUGGGCCGAGGCGGUAAGAAGUUCCACAUCGAGCUGAAGGAGAUCAUGGAGAGGGAGCCUCUGUCCCAGCUGUGUGAGAAUGAGAAGGACCUCAUCUGGACACUACGCUACGACUGCAUGGAGAACUUCCCCCAGUCACUGCCCAAACUGCUGCUCUCCGUCAAGUGGAGCAAACAUGAGGACAUGGCCCAGCUCCAGGCCUUGCUGCAGAUCUGGCCCAAGCUGAGUCCCAGGGACGCUCUGGAGCUGCUCGACUUUAACUAUCCAGACCAGUAUGUCAGAGAGUACGCUGUGGGCUGCCUGAAGGAUAUGAGUGAUGAGGAGUUGUCUCAGUACCUGCUCCAGCUGGUCCAGGUGUUACGUUAUGAACCCUACUAUGACUGUGCGCUCACCCGCUUCCUGUUGAACAGAGCUCAGUGCAACCGAAACAUAGGACACUUCCUCUUCUGGCAUCUCAGGUCAGAGAUGCACAUGCCAGCCGUCUCUGUCCAGUUCUCUCUCAUCCUCGAGGCCUACUGUCGUGGCAGCAUCCCUCACAUUGAGGUCCUGAAGAAACAGGUGGAGGCUCUGAGCAAGCUGAAGUCUGUGAACGAGCUGAUCAAGCUGGGCACCAUCAAGAACGCACGCAGUAAGACCAAGGAGGCCAUGCUCACCAAAGAGGCCAUGAUGACUUGUCUGAGACAGAGUGGUUACACAGAGACCCUCUCUGACCUGCACUCCCCUCUCAACCCCAGUGUCCUGCUCUCUGGAAUCAAUGUGGAGAAGUGUCGGUACAUGGACUCGAAGAUGAAGCCUCUGUGGAUCGUCUACAACAACAAGCUUCUAGGGGGAGACACCCUGGGAAUCAUCUUCAAGAACGGAGACGACCUGAGACAAGACAUGUUGACACUGCAGAUCUUGAGGUUGAUGGACCUGCUAUGGAAGGAGGCCAAUCUGGACCUCAGAAUUGUACCUUACGGUUGCCUAGCAACUGGGGACCGGUCAGGGCUGAUCGAGGUGGUGUCGUCGGCGGAUACCAUCGCCAACAUCCAGCUGACCAGCAGCAACGUGGCGGCCGCCGCAGCCUUCAACAAGGAUGCGUUACUUAACUGGCUCAAAGAGAAGAACUCUGGAGAUGCUCUGGAGAAGGCGAUCGAGGAGUUCACCCUGUCAUGUGCAGGCUACUGCGUGGCCACCUACGUCCUGGGGAUAGGUGACCGCCACAGUGACAAUAUCAUGGUUCGCAGCACUGGACAGCUCUUCCACAUAGACUUUGGGCAUAUCCUGGGGAACUUCAAGUCCAAGUUUGGCAUCAAGAGGGAACGCGUCCCCUUCAUCCUGACCCAUGACUUCAUCCACGUCAUCCAACAGGGAAAGACGGGCAACACUGAGAAGUUUGGCAGUUUCCGUAAUUACUGUGAACAAGCCUACCUGAUUCUGAGGCGGAAUGGGAACCUCUUCAUCACCCUGUUUGCCCUCAUGCUGACUGCUGGACUGCCCGAGCUCACCUCUGUCAAGGAUAUACAGUACCUAAAGGACUCUCUGGCCCUGGGGAAGACCGACGACGAGGCACUGAAACAGUUCCGCCAAAAGUUUGACGAGGCGCUGAGAGAGAGCUGGACCACCAAAGUCAACUGGAUGGCCCACAACGUGGUCAAGGACAACCGCUCCUAGAACAGACAGACAUCCUGGAGCUAGAGGGUGAAAUGUUAAAGGUCAGGAGGGUCUGAGUUCUACCCAGUGCUGGGACAACAGUGACAGUGGGGGGGUAGGUGUUGCUAAGGGGUGAAGACCAGACAGGACUGGGCCGCAAAGAAGGGAAUCUAGAAGGCUAUCUUAAACACACAUGCUCUUACAGGCUUAAAUCCCCCUCCCUUUGCAUUUCCUCUGGCUUUUGAAGCUGCUGUGUGCCUCCAGCCAGUCCAGCAGUCCCAUUGCCUCUCCCUGAUCAUGUGACAUAUUUGUGGGUAAUGUGGUUGCGAGUAUUGCACUGCUCAGUGAGAGUCAGAGCCCCCCCUCUGAGUUGUGAAUGGACUGCCCCCUUGAAGACUGGACUAGACUGAACCAAUGAGGAAGGAAGGGGACGGGGGUGGUUUCACCCACCUAUUAGCAAGACUUCUGAUCUGCCUUGUGUUGAACUAAAGGGAGAGGUCAGGGUUGACCACACCCACUCACGGCCUCACACCGUGUCUUAAAACGACGCCAAAACGUGCACAUAGCCAGAGGAAGUGCGUCUUAUUGGACUUUUCCUCGCAAGGCCUCCAGUUUAUCUCGAAAGUGUGCCUAAAAACUGCGAGAGGAUUGUAUUUGUUUAGUUUUUAAAAAUGUUUUUUUAAUUUCCAUUUUAAGAUGUUAUUAAUUAAGAUGCUAUAGGACAUGUAUAUGUGCCAGACUACUUUUUAUUUAUAUAUAUAUAUGUGUGUGUGUGUGUGUGUGUGUGUGUGUGUGUGUGUGUGUGUGUGUGUGUGUGUGUGUGUGUGUGUGUGUGUGUGUGUGUGUGUGUGUGUGUGUGUGUGUGUGUGUGUGUGUGUGUGUGUGUGUGUGUGUACACAGAGAGAGACACGCUGCAUGGCCAAAUUUUUCUGGAUGUCUCUUGCAGAUAGCUAAACAACAACUUUCCACACUCCGCUUAUGCUGUCCCCUCCUAGUAGCUAGCUCUUUCCCUCACUAAUGUUAGCACAACUUUGGAAAAGCAGUGCUCAGCAAGCUGGGGCAAAGGACACUGUGUCUCGGUGUUGGGAUACACAGAUUUGCCGUACAUGCUCUCCACACUGAAUAGACUAUCCCAGUGAUAUCCAGAUGGUUACCAAUAUUACAGUAUUUCUCAUGAAGGCUGUUAUCCUACUUGGAGUAAAACAAACUGUAGGGAAACAUUUGAGUUAAUUAACAUUGGAGUUAACAUUGAUUUGGUGGUUUAGCUCUAGAGAAGAGGUGUCCAGUGGGGGGCAGUUCAAUUCGGUUACGCAACUUCAGCCAUUGAGAAAUGGGGUGAAUUAGACCAUCAAUUACUGGAACCAUUUGAAAUACAAGGAAGAGAGAGCAAAAAAUAAUUCUACAACUUAAUUUUGUGUUCCUGCUUUGGAAUGUGGAUGUAACAUUCCUGUGUUCCAUUUAAUCAAGUUAUGGUUGUUGUUGGACAAACAGAACAGGCACAAUGGGUGAGUCAUCACCACACUACCCCAUGGAGGCAUUAUCACGGCCCAGUGGAGGCAUUAUCACGGCCAUGUGGAGACAUUAUCACGGCCCCGUGGAGGCAUUAUCACGACCCCGUGGAAGCAUUAUCACGGCCCCAUGGAAGCAUUAUCACGGCCCCAUGGAGGCAUUAUCAUGGCCCCAUGGAGAUUCGGUCUUAGACAUAGACUUGCCUACGGAUGUCAGAUCUAGUCUUUCAAAGCACCAAGCUGCUCACAUGACAAUAACCACAAUGAAUAAACGAAGCAUGUUACUAAAAUGCCUUUUAGGACCAAAACAAAGAAAACCUUCAGUUGAUUUAGGGUUGUUUUUACUGUGUUAAAGAAUCUGUUCAGAAAUGGAAUGUUUUUGUGCAAAAUGUGUCGCUUUCUUUUUCAGUGUAUUUGUUUUUUAGAUCAGCCAAAUUGGGCGGAGUUUAAGACCUAUGGAAGGGGUUUGCCAGCAGAGGGUGUAACACUGCGAUUCAAUGCUACUUCCUGGUUUUGUCAUGAGGUGCUCUCUGUUUUGAUUUUGUGCAAUAUCCGUAUAGGAGUCUAGAUGAUGUAAAUGAACCCUUGGGCCCUAAUGCCUGAGGCUAUAAUGGUUGUCACUGUGGGUUCAUGUGUAUUGCUGCUGUAUUUCUCCCCACCAGCCUUCUUAAGUCUCUCAGACACGGAAUAUGGUUAAAUGUACAAGCUUUUAUGCUUUCACUGUUUUUUGUUUUCAUAUGAGUUUUAUUAAAGUUAUUUUCCAUCUAA